UCCCUCUCACAUUGGAGCUGAGAGCUACACUGCUCCUGGUGGUCAGGGCUCGGAUCAUGUAUAUAGCUAUCACAGGAGUGCACGAGUAGCUAUGCAAUAGUUAGAAAUUAUGAAACUAUGUUGAGUGUAAUUGAUAUUGGUCUAUUCUUACAAUACUCAGACAACUAUGGCCGACAGAAACGGCGUGUGUACAUUCAAGAAGGUGAAGUGAUUUUUGUGUCAGCUGCUGCCGGUAAUGCAGUAAGCCUCACUACUGCUCUAUUUCUCAGCCUGAGCUCCUCUAGCCUCCCACCUAAUAAGCUCCUGAACAUGUCCUUCAGCUGUGCCACUGGACAGCUUGAUGUCCAUGUCCAACUUAGUGGCACUCUGGUACUUAUUCCACAAGUUUUAAGUUUUACCGACAUAACACUGUCUGUGCGAAUGCAUAUUGGCUCCAAAGUCACUUUCAACACUCUGAUACUGAGUGGUGAGACUCAGCUCUUUGGAACAGACACUUUUGUGGCUGUGAAGUAUGACCCUGCCAGCUAAAAAUUCUCAGUCCCUCCAUCGCUAGUAUUGUCAGUCAAUCAAAUUUCAAGUCACAUUUCGAGCUUCAAGACAAUGCUAGACACUCUUCCUAGUACCGCUUCCGAACUUCUGAGCUCCAGAAUAACAGCCUUCUCUUAUAUUUCACAAACCAUGGAGCUUUCCCUUAGCACUACGGUC